AGCUCCGAGCAGCUCGGAGCUGAAACCUCGUCGUCUUCUCCAGAUCUUGUUGUUGUUCUUCUUCUUCUCCGACCAAAGAUGGAGGAAUUCAAGACCCUGGAAAUAGUCCGAGCGAGCCCCGGCUCCGCCGUCUUCCACCUCCGCCUCAACCGCCCUUCCUCCCGCAACGCCCUCUCCCUCGGCUCCUUCGCCGAGCUCCCCCUCGCCCUCGCCUCCCUCGACCGCCGCCCCGACGCCCUCGCCGUUGUCCUCUCCGGCGCCGGCGACCACUUCUGCUCCGGCAUCGACCUCGCCGCCCUCGGCUCCGUCGUCUCCUCCCCCCGCUCCCUCGCCGCAGGCGCCGACCGCGGCCGCGCCGGCGAGCGGCUGCGCCGGGAGAUCAAGUCCAUGCAGGGGGCCGUCACGGCCAUCGAGCGGUGCCGCAAGCCGGUGAUCGCCGCCGUCCACGGGGCGUGCGUCGGGGGCGGCGUCGACAUCGUCACGGCGUGCGACGUGAGGUAUUGCACGGAGGACGCGUUCUUCUCGGUGAAGGAGGUCGACCUGGCGAUAACCGCCGACCUCGGGACGUUGCAGAGGCUUCCGGGCAUCGUGGGGUACGGGAACGCGAUGGAGCUGGCGUUGACGGGUCGGAGGGUGUCGGGUUCGGAGGCGAAGGAGUUGGGUCUGGUUUCUCGGGUCUUCGGGUCGAAGCGUGAAUUGGAUGAUGGAGUGAGAGUCAUCGCCGAAGCGAUUGCUUCCAAGUCCCCGAUGGCUGUUACCGGGACCAAAGCCGUGCUACUAAAGAGCAGGGACAUGAGUGUAGAUCAAGGCUUGGACUACGUUGCGACCUGGAACUCGGCAAUGCUUCUGUCCGAUGAUCUGGCAGAGGCCGUCUCGGCGCACAUGCAGAAAAGGAAACCUGUUUUCGCAAAGCUCUGAUGGUCGGCGUCAGCAUCGAAGCAGAAGAACCGAUUCAAUGCUUUACAUGUAAAGGAGUGCAAAAAAGAAAGAAGGGAAGCCGAUUCUCGGCCGGCUUCCGAUGUCGUUCUUAUCUCCAUUGUGCUUGUAACUUGGACUUUGCGUUUAAGGGUUCAAAAGCCGCCAAAUAAUCCCCUCUUUAUCAUAAAGACAGGGAAUCGUCGUUGUGGUUUCUGUUGUUUUUUCUCAUCAUGGGUGGCCUAGGUUUUAGAUUGUUAUACAAUGAACAAUAGUUUCAUCUGUGCCCUAUGAGAAAUACUUAGUAUAUAUCGUUGCAAA